UUCAAAGGCCAAUUGCGACUAUUGCUACUACUGGUUGUCAUCGUUACCCAUUUAAAAGGGUUGUGGCCAUUAUUUCCUUGAUUUUGUGCGUCAUUAGUUCACUUGUUACCUUUUGUGAUCCGGCAGAAUUGAUCUGUUGAAAGAAGAAACCGAAAAUACUUGAAUACAUGGACUGACUUAGGCUACCUCUGAAUAGUAUGUACCCAGUAGGAUCAUUUCUUAGUACGUGAUCAGAAUGGCAGAUAUCUUGAAUGUGGAAUGGAACAAUCAUGUUCCCACAUUUUUCCACAUGCUGUCAGUAUUAAGAACCAUGGAGAAAUACACUGAUGCUACUUUGACCUGUGAUGGAAGGUUUUACGGAGUGCACAAAUUAGUUCUCGCCAGUUGCAGUGAUUAUUUUAUGAACAUUUUUGAGAAGACACCUUGCAAACAUCCUGUUAUUGUUUUGAAGGACAUUAAAGCAAACGAAAUGGAGGCUCUGCUUAAUUAUAUGUAUAAUGGAGUUGUGAGUGUAGCGCAGCGUGAUUUAUCGAAGUUUGUAGCUGCUGCAGAAUUGUUACAGAUAAAAGGACUUGCUGCUCCCGAUGAACCCCCCACUGCCAAGGGAAGGGCCGGUCUUUCACUGCUCCCUGUGUGUAACACAAGUGUGCCUGUGCGGACUAAUGUGGAAACUGAGGUUCACCCACCAGACACCACUCAGAACGCAACAAGGAAUCCUACACCAGAAAAGAGGACUGAGAAGGGAAAUGAAGAUGAUGUAAUAGUGAUUUCAGAUGUUGAGGAAGUAGCUCAACAAGAAGACAGGAAUUCAUGUCAUUCUCAUGUGAAGGUAUUGUGUAAUCAACAUGUGGAAGAGGAGGACGAAGAAAUAGACGUCGUCCGCAUAGUUGAAGAUGAUCCACAGACUUCUGAUGGUAAUCUAACACAAAGGAGAAAUAGCAGUGGUAAGGAGAAUGUAGAUGAAGCAAGACUAUCAGACGGAGAUGACGAUGCUAUGUCAGAACAGCAGCUUAGACCUGAAAUGGUAGCAAAGAAAAAAUCAGAUAACAACCUGUCUCCUAACAAGAAAACUCCUGGUAAAUCGAGAAAGUGGGAUUGGUCAAAAUGUUGUCUCUGUCAGGGUGACGGCGGGUAUCUGCAGCAGUCAGUGAAAGGCCUCCGGCAUCUAGCUACUCAACUGCCCCUUUUCCACGCACUUGGGGAGACCUCACCGUUGCCUGUAGAAGACUUUAAAGGUGAUGAAUUAUUUACGUCCCUGUUUUUAAAUAAUGCAAAAUACCAUAGCUCCUGCUACAAUAAUUACUCAGCAUCAGCACUGCAGUGUUUGAAAAAUCUUUCCAGAAUUUCAGGAGAGGGUGAAAACUUUCCUGGGAGAAAAAGAAAAAAGGUAGAUAAUGGUAAGCUCACAUGCUAUUUAUGUAGGAAACUGGACUCCAUUAAGAAUCUAACGUCUGUGGAAAAGGGCAAAAGAGCUAGAUUCAAGUCAGCAGCAACAGUAGAUGAACACUCAACUGAAUUAUACUAUCAUCAAUCCUGCUUCCAAAAUAUUGGAAGUAAUGUUGACAUUACCCUGUCUGUUGAAACACAAACUGAAUAAGUAGCCAUUGACAUCAAUACCGAAUCUGUGAAACAUAUGAGCAAAAGUGAUGGGGAAUGAAUACAGUUCAAGAAGUAAGCAAAACCUCAUAAAUGCGUACUAAGCAGUAAUAUGAUCUUUAGAAUAUGAAAACAGAUGACAAAUUAACUGGAGAAAACAUUGCCAGCAACAGAGAACUGAUGUAUUUACUGUAAAACAGGCAAGAAAAACAACUGUACUUUGAAGGAAACCCAAAAUGGAAAGUAAAACAAAAAACAUCCAAAUUCCAAAGGAAUAGUGGAAAUUAAGUACAGAAAUAAAAGAAAAUAGUAUUUACAGUAACACUGGUGAGUGCUACUGGCCUGGGUGGUAAAAAUACUGAUUAAGAACAGAGUACGUAAUUAACAAAUCACUUGAAAUCCUAUCAGAAUGCUGAGUAAACUCAAUAAAUGAAUGAAUUACAAUGAUUGGCAAAAUAUUGCUUAUUCAAGAGGAGAAAUUUUGAAUGGUAAGCUGGGCUUGGGACUGGAUGUAUUGGUUGAAGGCCUUCAGUGAGCACCACCCUACAUAAUCAUAAGUUUUGUUUGUCUCCUAUACAAAAGGAUAAAGGGGAAUUUACUCGAUAGGAAAUAUUAAUGAGCCUAUUCAACCAUAAAAAAGUUGAGUUGAAUAUAGAAUUUAGGCCAAAGGCCAAGCACUAGGACCUAUGAGGUCAUUCAGCACCGAAAUGGAAAUUGACAGUAAAAGGUCUGAAAGGUGUAACAGGAGAAAAACCUCACAGUUGUAUUUAUGAAUCAAUUGUUAGGAGAGGAUGGAAAGUAAGAUGGAAGUAAGAGAAUAUGAAAGGAGGUACAGUGAAAGAAAUGAAAAGGGCUGCUGCUAGGGGCCAAAGGCAUGCUGUAAAGAACCUAAGUAAUGCCUACAGUGCACUGCACGAGGUACACUUGACGGUACUACCUACCUACGGGGUCAACUAAAAAAAGGAAUACUAUUGUGAGUAAAAAAUAACUUGGACAUAUAUGUCGUGACUUGUAAUAUGAAAAAUGCAAAUCUUGUGAUGGGGAUAUUCGUUAAUAUGCUUAAAAUGACAGGUUUUACCAUUUUUUUUAUCCUUUACAGUAAUAUGUAAAUAGGUAAGGAGUUACAUAGUUAGGACUAAGUGAUUUCAGGUUUUUUCAGAGCUCUGCCUCCACAACAUAAGCCACAUACAAGACUGGGAUGGACUGCAUAAGCAUGCAAUUACUGUACUUAACCAUCAUAAUGCCUAAUUUUAAGGCACACGACCUAUUAUCAGAAGAUAACAGUAAUCAUUACAUGCAAUAAUGUGGGUCAUGAACAUUAGUAUCUGGUAUCAAUCAAACAUCAGCACUGUAUAUCUCAACUGUAUAAUGUCUUGAAAGAACCUGGUAACAAGAGCAGUUCUUUACAUACAAUGUCCUAUAUUGUUAAACUAUUUAAUUCUAAUACUGUGUUUGUUUGUUUGCUUUUGUAUUGUGUUUUACGUUACAUGGAACCAGUGGUUUUUCAGUAACAGGCCCAACGGCUUUACUCUAAUACUGUGAUACAGGUAGUGUAUAUACCUCACUUGUAAGUGUCCAUUAAAAUACGAGGUCUUUGCAAACAGGACUGUGUUCUUGUACAGAAUAAAUUGUUGUUUAUUAUUGUUAAUUAGUUUAAAAAGACCAUAAGUCAUUUCCAGGCUCAUCAGGUUGGCCUCAAGGACUUGUUGUAAAAUAGAACCACACAAAAGAUAACAAAGAUUCUUUGCAUUGUACCUUGUGACCCCAGCUGCGUCCUCUUUCACUUACACCCUACACAGCCGUCCAACUUCUUCAGCUCUACCUUGUUCCAAUACUCACCCCUCAUUUUUGAACAACUUUUGGAUGAGUCCUGUGAAAGCCUAAAAAAUUUAGCUUGUUUGUAUCAAUCAAGUUUAUAUCAUAAAAAUAAUACUAAUCCUAAAAGGAAAGUACUAUGUAGUCCAAAAUUGGUUUUACAUUCUAAAAUUAUUAAUAUAAUUAUAGCUUUAUAUAGUACGUAUUAUUAAGCUUCAUAUUUAUCUCUAUUAAAGUUUCACAUCCCAUCAAGUAUUUAUAUGUGCUAUCUGCUAUGAUCAUUCAUGAAACUUCCAACUUAACCAUUGCCUUCCCCUCCUGGUUUGUGCAUACAAACAGAUGUUUAAUACAGUACUGAAUAUUUUAGUUUGUAUUAAUGUUGUAGACUAUUUACAGUAGGCUUAGAAUUGCAGUAAUACAAAUAGUACUGUAUUCAGUGUAUUUGUUAGAGAGUUCCGUACAAAUUUAAGUAUAAGAAGUGAACUCUGUUGGUGCUGGUACUGUAAGGUAUGUUACAGGUUUAUGCAGCAGUAUUAUUUUAAUAAUAGAGUAAUACCUUGAGAUACGAGCAUACAAAUUUUUUGUGAUACGAGCUGCAACUCGGUCCAUAUUUUUGUCCAAGAUACAAGCGGAAUUCCGAGAUACGAGUGUUUCGGGAGGCUGCUGCUAGUUGGCACGCACUGGUCCAGCAUCAGCGUGACCAGCAUCUUGUUCAUUCUUAUGUGUUACCCACAGAAUCAAGUCGGAUUUUGUGCGCUGUACUUGUUUAUUUGCAUCAUCUUCGCACUUUUUACUGAGCUUUUUUGUGCCAUCAUGAGGCCAAAGAAAGUGAGUAUAAAGGACAGUGGUGAGAAGAGAAUGAUGUCAAUAGAAGUAAAGCAAGAAAUAAUAGAAAAACAUGAGUGAUUGAACUGGCAAGGCUGUAUGACCGCAGUACAUCUACAAUUUGUACCAUCCUUAAACAAAAGGAUGCCAUCAAAAGUAACUACAAUUCUGUCCCAGUUAAGGACAAAUAUCCAUGAGGAAAUGGAGAAGCUUCUGCUGGUGUAGGUGAAAGAGAAGGAGCUGGCAGGAGAUACAGUGACGGAGACCGUAUUAUGCGAAGGCGCGUUAUUUACACCGACUUGAAGAAGAAAGUCUUUAUUUUUUUUUUUUUUUUUUUACAAUUAAUUUUUGUUGCUUACAUUUCAAGUAAGGAAAGUGCAGUUUUAGUUUCAUUUAAAUUAAAGAAAAUGCAGUUUUAGUUUACAUUAUGUUAAGAAAGUGCAGUUUUAGUUUGUGUCUACAGUGCCCACAUCCCUUCCUCCCUCCCUCCUCUGCCUUUCACGUCCAUUAGGUGCUCGUCUGUCUCCAAGGUAAGAAUACAGUACUAAAUAACACCUUUUCUUUUAUUUCAUAUAUUUUGUUUUGCAUUGGUAAAGUAUACAUGUGUUUCUCAAUUAAAAACAUGUCUUUUUUCAUAAUUUAGGACGGUUUGGGGAUGUUUCACAGGGUCGAAACGGAUUAAAUCUAUUUAAUUUAUUUUAAAUGGGAGAAAUUUGUUUGACAUUCAAGUAGAUUGACUUACGAGCUCGGUUACUGAACGAAUUAAUCUCGUAUCUCAAGGUAUUACUAUAAUAUGAUGUAAUAAACUAACAAAAUUUACUGCAGUAUAGUAAUAUGAUAACUUAGGUUCAUCCUGCAGCACCUGAACAUCCAAAAUGUGUUAUUAAUCAAAGGUUUGAGAUUUGGCUAAUUUUCCUAUUCUACGCUGUAUCACUGUAAAAUAUGAUUUUGUUUCCUUUUAUAUUUUUAUACCCAAUAAACUACCAUCAACUACA